CAAACCACGACUCACUGCCAAAAACCACAUCUCGCGACAAUGGAAACGCCGCAGGUGCCGCAGGACGCGCUGCAAUUAAGCAAGCUAGUCGCACAGAAUUCGACAGCAUCCCGACAAUUAUACGCCGCAUCCUCCUCCUCCUCCAUCCUCCCCAAUGGCAAGCGCGCCACUGACGACUCCCACGACGACCCUCUCCUCAAGCGCCGCAUGCGAACCGAAUACGCUGGCCUCGAUAUCCUCCCUCCUUCUCUCGCUGCCAAACAGCCUAGCAGCAAGGCUGUAGCCAAGCGACCAAAGCCUGGUGCGCCCCAGACCCGCGGCCCUAAGCUGCUCGAAGCAGGCCCUGGAUCCAAGACGUCCAACGGCACUGCGUCACCGCAGACAAGCCUCGCCACUCGAACAAACACGAUAUCACAGCCCAAGCCCGAGUGGCACCCGCCAUGGAAGCUGAUGCGCGUCAUCUCGGGCCACCUGGGUUGGGUGCGCGCGCUGGCCGUUGAGCCGGGCAACAAGUGGUUUGCGUCGGGCGCAGGCGACCGCACAAUUAAAAUCUGGGAUCUGGCAACGGGUUCACUGCGACUCACGCUGACUGGUCACAUCAGCACAGUUCGUGGACUGGCUGUAUCCCCUCGCCACCCGUAUCUGUUCUCGUGCGGCGAGGAUAAGAUGGUCAAGUGUUGGGAUCUCGAGACAAACAAGGUGAUUCGCCACUACCACGGCCACCUGAGCGGUGUGUACACAUUGGCGCUUCAUCCUACGCUGGAUGUGCUUGUGACGGGUGGUAGAGACGGUGUAGCGCGUGUCUGGGACAUGCGAACACGAAGCAACAUCCACGUCUUGUCUGGCCACACACAGACAGUGACGGACGUGCAGUGCCAGGAGGCCGAUCCGCAGGUCAUCACGGGCUCGCUAGACUCGACGGUGCGACUGUGGGAUCUAGCGGCAGGCAAGACCAUGGGCGUCCUCACGCAUCACAAGAAGGGCGUACGUGCGCUCACUGUCCACCCUACCGAGUUUACAUUCGCCAGUGGCAGCACUGGCAGCAUUAAGCAGUGGAAGUGCCCCGAAGGCGCGUUUAUGCAGAACUUUGAGGGACAGAACGCCAUCAUCAACACAUUGAGUGUGAAUCAGAACAAUGUGCUCUUCUCUGGUGGCGAUAACGGCUCGAUGAGCUUCUGGGACUGGAAGACCGGCCAUCGAUUCCAAGCGCUGGACACGACGGCGCAGCCGGGCUCGCUGGAUGCCGAGGCGGGUAUCAUGAGCUCGACGUUUGAUCGAUCUGGUCUGCGUCUCAUUUGCGGCGAAGCUGACAAGACUAUUAAAAUCUGGAAGCAGGAUGAAAACGCAUCCGAAGAGACGCAUCCUCUACAGUGGACGCCGUCGCUGUUAAGGCGCAAGUUUUAAACAAAAAUGGGCUGGCAUGUAUAGAAUAUAUCCUGUUGCUUAUCUGUCUUGGUCAUGAAGUUUUUGUACAAAAUGGGCUUGGUAUUAUUACAGUUGCUUUUGCUUGCUAAAAUGAUAUGAUAUUCCUAAUUCGUGAUAUUGAGUUGGACCGUGACUUUUGUAUCCCCCAUUUAAACGCCUACUCCCAUGGCUUUCAGAUCGGCAUCGUCUCGCAACGCCAUCUUGACUUCGUCAUCAGCGACUGCGAGACGCAGUUUACUUGAGCGGUCAGCACGAUGUGAUUCGAGAUUGAUAAGGCCGGCAGCAACGAGCUCCAUGGCGGCUGUGUGGAUGUAGCUCGGCCGUGUAAAGUGCCUCUGAUGGCUUCCACCCCCACCUGUCGCACUGUUGGUUCCAUUGUCGAGGACUUGCGCCAUGCCUCUCGGCGCGCGGGAUACGUAUGCCGAGACACGCUGAAGCUCGUCCAUUGUCUCGCCAAAGGUGGUCUCAACAAGACCGCUGCGGCGGACACGUACGAGCAGUGCAGCCAUGAGGAGCUUGGAUGUGAGAGGGAGGUUGCGCAGGUGCUGCUGAAUAGGAUUUGUCGUGGCCUCAUUGAUUGCACGCUUGAUGGUGGAAAUCGUCACGCGGCCCUUCCCUGAUGCUCCCUUGGUAGGAGAUGCGAAGUCACCCGGGGCGUCUGCCUCUGCGAGCUCCACGGCUCGCCGACAGAUGUCGAGGGCACGUCGGGCAUCACCACUAACCGCUGCGACUUUUCGCGAUGCAAACUGUAUGGCAUCCGGGUCUACAAUGUUGCCAGGGACACCCUCUAGACGGGACUGAAUAAUCUGCAUGAGCUGCUCGUGCGUGUAUCCCGGAAAAGUAAUACGAGUGAGACCCAGACGGGAGCUAAUCUUGUUGCUAAGCGUACGUUCGGGAAGAUCCAUGGUGUUGGCCACAGCCAAGACAAUGAGACGUGAAUGUCGAAGCGUCGGCCAGUUGAAGAAGUUGUACAUGACAGUCUGGUUCUUGGUCACCAGCUGGUCGAGCUCGUCCAUGAGCACGACACAUGGUGUACGGCGCGGACUUGGGUUCUUGAACUCGCUCUCAAGAUUCUCAAGAGCUUGUGACGGACUGGCACGCUCGCCUUUCAGGGCCUCCCAGAGAAGACUGUAAGACUGGUGCGGAUCCGUAAUCUUCAUGCCGUUGAUUUCGACAAAAAUGAAGUCGUCAAGCUCAUCUUGGCCUACAGCGUCUUCCAGACGGGACACGACCUCGCGAACUGUGGCUGUCUUACCGGUUCCCGGUGUUCCUGAGAUGUAGAUACAGUUUCCUGUGCCAUCAGAGAUGGCGGCCUCGAGAUGCGAGUAGACGAGCGAGAACUCGCCCUCGCGGCACGGCAGACUCAACGGCACAGACGAUACAUGUAGGCGUGAUCGGGCAAUUUGAAAGGGUGACGCAUUAACGUUGCUGUCGUCAAGUUUGCGGGUUGCGAGCGGUGUGAACUCGAGUCGCUUCGAGGCUGAACGUGGGACUUUGCUGCGUGGUGUGAUGGCAGAUGUUCGCGCCGCUUUGGUGGGUGUGACAGGUGGGACGUAAGCUGUAUCUUUUGGUGCUGGGGAUGAUGCUCGCGUAGAGCGUGUUGUUGUUCGGGCUGCUGGUUUCGUUCCUUGCUCGAUAAAGUCCAUCAGUGCGAAGAUGUCCUCGCCGUUGUUGUAUACCUCUUCCCAAACAAAUUCGUUCGAAUAGGUUGCUGUUCUUGUGUUACAGCCGCGGCGACAGACGAAACUUUUACCGAAUUCAGGCGCGUUUUUCGAUAUUUUGCCAGAAGGGUGGCGGACUAGGAACCGGUCCAGCGACAUGACUCUGGCCUUGCCGUUAAUGGACGCCAACGGGUUAAUGUCCCAUGACGGGGAGAGGUAGAGCUCGUUCUACGCUGGUUAGCUGUUGGCCAAGGUCAAAAUAGUGGAAAUUGCGUACCCAGUAAAAGUCAUUGCGCUUCUUCUCUUUACUUCGAAUCUCCUUUUCGCUAGAAAACCACAUGAAAUUGGCAGCCAUCUCGCCGUUGCUUUCGUCGUCAUCCUCCACAAACUCGCAAAUCAUAGCAACCCAAGAAUCAUUCGACCCGUCUGCCUUGAGGAGUACACAGUCACCAAUCUUACACUCAAAGGAGCCGAGUCUGGCGCCAAUGAUGCUUGUGGUAUCGACCUUACGGCGUUUGCGGCCGCCUUCGCCGUCGUCAGAGUCGUCCGAGUCGCGCGGUGACGCCCCGCUGCUGUAAAUCCAUUCCCAGGUAACAUCGCGAUUCGCAUCCGCUGUCGAGUUACUGUAUGAUGCAGUCAUUGCUGCGUUGUGAGGACCGACUGUCGUUGGGAUGUCGUUGGCUUGCUACAGCAAAUGGUCGUUGUGCUCCUGCCGCGCUUGGUCUUAGCCACUUUACGCGUGAGCGCUCUGGG